AUAUAAUAUUUAAGUGUUAUUUGUGUUUUGUUUCCCAAUAGUCAUGAGUGCUGGAGUUAUGUGUUAUCGGUGCAACAGGUCUGGYCAUUUUGCCAGGGAUUGCCGUGACAGUGGUUCUGUAAGUAGUGCAACUUUCAGCAGAGGCGGCAGAGGAGGCGGUGGCAGUGGUGGAAUUGGUGGCGGAAGUAGUGAUCGUGAAACAAAUUGUUACAAAUGCAAUCGCAGUGGUCAUAUUGCCCGUGACUGCAAAGACAAAGACAGAUGUUACAGAUGUGAUGGCGUUGGUCAUAUAGCUCGUGACUGUUCUCAAUCUGCUAGUGAACCAUCAUGUUACAACUGUCGUAAAACAGGACAUCUGGCUCGUGAGUGCCCAGAUGAACGUGCUGAACGUGGAUCAGGUGGCAUGGGCGGUGGUGGUAGCAGUUCUACUUGUUACAACUGUAACAAGAUAGGACAUUUCUCCAGAGACUGUAUGGAAAGCAGGUAAUUGUUAUAUACUACCAGUUAUU